AUGACUUCGUACGCAUCGUACGGCGCGAAAGGCGGCGACACCGACGGCGGUUUCGUCUAUGGCGGCUCGCAGUCGGGCAGCCAAGGAGCCCAAGGCGGUGCAAAGAGUUUCGCCGACGAGUCCCUCCGCCCCGUGACGAUCAAGCAGCUCAUCGACCUCGAGGAGGCAUACCCGGGCGCCGACUUCUCCAUCGACGGCCACCCCAUCACCCAGGUCACCAUCGUCGGCCAGGUGCGACAGGUCAACCCGCAGUCGACCAACAUAACCUACCGCCUCGACGACGGCACAGGCACCAUCGACGUCAAGAAAUGGGUCGACGCCGACAAGCCGGAGGACCUGGAGCCCAAGUACCAGCCCGACCAGCACGUCCGCGUCUGGGGGCGGCUCAAGUCCUUCAGCGGCAAGCGCCACGUCGGCGCCCACUUCAUCCGCGCCGUCGACGACUUCAACGAGGUCAACUACCACAUGCUCGAGGCCACCUACGUCCACCUCUACCUGACCAAGGGCGAGCUCGGCGGCGGCGGCGCCAACGGCCACGGCGACGGCAACGCCGGGAACGGCGACAGCAUGUUCGUCGACUCGUACGGCGCCAACGGCGGCGGCGAGAACGCGGCCAAGCUCGGCGCCUGCUCGCCCAGCGCCCAGCGCAUGUUCAGGUUCCUGUCCGAUACCCCCGGCAGCAACGAGGGCGUGCACCUCAACCUCAUCACGAGCGGCACGGGCAUGACGUCCCGGGAGGUCCUCGGUGCGUCGGACGAGUUGCUGGGCCAGGGGCUUGUGUACACGACGGUCGACGACGAGACGUGGGCAAUACUUGAGUACUGA